GCAUGCUCCAGACAAGGCCAGGUAAUUUAAGCUAGACACACACAUUUACAGAGCACCUGCUACACCACUAGCAACCAGUAAAUGAUGGAGCUCCGGCCCCCAACAGUCCACAGCCCCACAGAGCUACAGCUCAUUCCUAUGGAUUAAUAUGUGAGUGGAGUGUACCAUGUGUUCUGCAGGGGUGGACCUUUGGGUUCUGUUCAAGAGGUAAGCAGUUUGUAAUGGGUUAAUAUGAUUUUAGAGGUGUGUGGAUGUUCAGAAACUAAAGCAAAGUGAAAAAGACUUCCAGCCUUGGUGUUUUCUGCAGUGUCUUGUGGUGUAUGUUGAUCAGCUGCUUCUUUCUCCUCUUGACUAUUUUACUUCUAGUCUAGUUCCAAGCUUGCAGGAUAAAGAUGUUUAGGUGAUGAUGUGGGUUCAAAAUAUGGGAAAAGCACCAAGAGAAACGUUUAACUCAAAAAACUCUAAAAGACGUAGAGCAAACAGUAAAAGGAAACUAAAGCGCUUCAGUGAAAUCUGCACCAAUGAGCCAGUGAGUUAGCAGUUCAGUUAGCAGCAACUGACUCAGGUCAGACAUCUGAUGUAAGCCAAGGCUGGAUUACGAGGGGAAAGCAUCCUGUCACUAAUUUACUUACGUUUACUUUGUGGUAAUCUGAUUAAUUAAUAAUUUGUUUGGUAUAAUGCACAAUUAAAGCAAAGUUAAUUAGUGAAAUGGUAAGCAUCCUGUGUUGUGUUAUGCAUAUUUACCUAGUCUUGAUCCUUUUCUAAUACCUUUCAUACUGGAGUUGAUAUUAUGUAUGCAUUUAACAAAAAUGUUUAUAGAAAUGAUGACUAACAGACAUACAGCAUACCUGAGACCGCCCACACCAACCUGCUGGUUAUUCUGGCCCUUAGGACACUACCUGACCCCUCACUGCAGAUAGCUUUGGAUGGAUGAAUCAUAUGGCAUCACUGGCCACCAUGAGGCAGAAAAACAGCAAAACAAACUCAUUUAGUGCUUUUGGCAAACAAGAGAAGGCAGACUUGCACCUCCAAAGACAACAUUAGCAUUUAUUUGAAGUUGUCUUCCUGUCCGCCUAACGAUUGUUAAGUCCAACAUGUUUGUCUCUGGUUUGGUCUCCUGAGCAAAAUACCUGGCUCCUAAGAUAGAUUUCGAUUAGAUAUAUUCACUUUCUUCAUGGCUAGAGGUUCACUUCUUAGAGACAGCCAGGUAGUGUAUUCAGAUUAGCUUGAUUUUAUUUGUAUAACCCAAUAUCACAAAUUUACCUUACAGGGCUUUACAAUCUGUCCUUACACCUUUGACAGGGACAAACUUUCCAAAAAUAUUGAUUCUACAUGAAAAGCAUGGAUCCAAGAGGAUGGUCAAACCAAAGCGAUUUCAAACAUCCACAAAAUGAGCACAGUUGAGGUGUUUGAGGCCAAACAGAUGAAGAUGGUAACGCAGCUGUUUCGGGUUACAGCUCUGUGGAGAAGAUGCUACCUCAUCACCAUGUUACCUCUACUGUAACACAACAUGACCAGUAUCUUGCUGAUUUGGGUGCUGUCAGUCAUCAGAGCCCAGCAUGUGUCCUCUGUCCCAUCAUGCCCUGCUUCUUGUCUGGUUUGUUCUGAAGACACCGUCAUCUGUAACAGACUGGCUCACAUUAUUGACGUUUCAGACACAACCCAGGCUCUGCUGCUAACGGAGGGCUCCAUCUCCACAGUCCAGCCUGCCUCCCUGUCUGAUCUCAGCAACAUUACAGUCAUAGUUCUGAGUCAUAACCAUAUCUCAGUGCUGGGUGAACAGUCCUUCAGAAACCUGCCUGUCCUCCACACCUUACUGCUGGACCACAACCUCCUGACCAGCCAGGCCCUACAGGGGGGAGCUCUGACCAAUCUAACCCGACUAGAGGUACUCGCUCUGGGCCACAAUCUCAUCAGAAUGAUCCGAGGUGGCUGGUUCAAAGGUAGCAAGGCUCUGCGGAGCUUGAAACUGGAUGGAAACUUGCUCACUAGUUUGGACUCUGGUUCCUUUCCUGUGGAUGACCUCAAACAUCUGGAGAGCCUGGAUCUCUCAGAUAACCUGAUACAUCAUCUGGAUAGAAGCAGCUUCGAUGGGUUGGUGAGCCUGCAGACUCUGGAUCUGUCCAGAAACCGUCUAAGUUCUGCUCCUGCUGAGGCUUUUUCCUACCUCAGCUGGCUGACAAAUCUCAACCUAGACCUCAACUCAUGGAACUGUUCCUGUGAGAUGCUGGAUCUGGCUACCUUCCUGUCCACCUUCAUGCAACAACCCGGCCAGACCCUCUAUAAUGGCCGUAGGAUGGUGUGUGUGAGCGCUGACAACCCGGCUGUAACCACAGUGUUGGAGCUAACUGAGGCCAAUUGCGUCCCGUCCAAUCAGAACAUCACAGUGAAGAUAGAGCCCAGAAGCAGCGUGACGCCUCAACUGUAUGCUCGAGAUCUGGCCAUCACAGCAGUCAUCUGUUUUAUUGGUGGUGUUGGUUUGACCCUGCUGGUAGUCCUGAUCUAUUAUCAAGUUUCCAAGAAGAAGAAACUGAAAAAAAGCAAAAGAGAGAAAGUGGAAGAGGAGGGCAGCAGCACAACUUCGAAUCACCACGUCAAUCAUCUAGAUGUUAGUGAGAAAAGGAGGGAACGCUCCUUGCAAGCAAAUAGCAGCCAGCCUUGGGACAGAGAAAUCAUGACAAUGGAUCCAAGGCGAGAUGGUCAUGGUCGGCAGAUUAGGUCCCAACUUGAUGAAAACGGCAGCCAUUUUGUGUGUUCAGAGUGUAGCUCAGAAAGACAGAGAGGGAUGGGACCGAACCCAAUGAGAUGGAACAACAGGAUAAAUGGAGGGAUGGAGGCAGAAGAGGAAAUGGAAAAGAGGAGAGUGAGGAUGGUAGCAGAGGAAGAAAGGAGGAGGCUUGGGAACCAGCAGGGAAUCUUGACCAGGGACAUUCCCAACAAGUUUCUUUCUCAUGGCAAUACCAACUCUUUCUCACAUCCACGGAAAGAAGCCCUCAGUGACAGACCAGAGAGCCUGGCUAGUUAUAGAGAGAAUGGAGAGAGCUACAGGACUGACAUAGAAGGUAAGAACAGAGGACAAGAGAGUUUACAUUGCCCGAGCUGCCACAGUACAUACAGACCACCAGAGCAGAACAUGAGACAAGGGAGGAAUCACACCAACAUGAGAGACUCUCCUCUGUUUGAAGGCCUCCCUUCUCAGUACAGACAGAUUGAUAGAGGUGGAAAUGUUAACCAUGACCAGUUUGACAUGAUAAAGAACACAGAGUUGAAAAGAGAAACAAGAAAUGUAACAUUUGAUCUGGAGAGGUCGAGAACCCUAGAAAGAAACAGUCAUAGCAAUGACAAGAGGGAGGAUGACGAGAGGACCUCCAGAGACAAGGAGAGACUCAGAAGACACAAAGCUAAAGUCCAGUCAAGCCGCUUACUGAAGGUUAAACUAAACUUGAACCCACUACGGAAAAGCAAAGUCCAUCCUAAGAGGAAAGCUGAGCAGGGCCAUUCAGAGAAAAAGAGCCCGAAGAAGAGGAGAGAUAAAAGACAGGACGGAAAGGACAGAGGAGAAAAGGAAAUGAAGGGAAAGUCUGGUAAGAAGGGCAGCAAGACUAAAGGAACAACUGAGGAUGGCGAGAAAGAAGACGGAGAAGAAGGAGAGAAAAACAAAGGGACUUCCAAAAAGGGGCAGGAAAGUACUGAAGGUGACCAGGGCGAGAAUAAACUCCCAGAAGACACUACCACCCACACUGCUGACCCAUUAGCCUCUGCUUUUGCCAUUGGACAAGGCCAAAAUUUGCUGGGUGGGCAUUUUCAGUAUCAGGGAGCUGGAUUGGCUAUGGGGAGUGCUCAGAUUUCCUCACAGUAUCCCUUUUCCCUCUCUGCCACUGGCAGGAAUCAAACUUCCAACCUCUCUCUGCUUGGCUCAGCAGGCUCACAACUGACUGGCAGCAGCCUCUCUCUUCCAGGAGGGAAUUUCAUGCUCAACACCAUGGCCCCGGGAUCUAAUGCACGGUUCCCCAGCUACCCAGCUAAUUCUGUUGCUCCCAACAUAGCAAUCAGUGGGCCCAGUAUGGCUCCAAGUGGUGUCCCAGACAGCUUCAUAAAGCAAGCUGGGGUAGGCCUCAUGUCUCCUGCUAAUUCUCUUUUAGCCAACACUGUACAUGCUAACCCUUUGCAAGCAAGUCCAAUGCAUACCUCCCAGCCUGCAGGACUAGCCUCAAGUUUGACAGCAAACCCAGCUGCUAAUCCUAACCCUAACCCUAACCCUAACCCUAACCCUAACCCUGCACCUGGGCAGUCCCUCUUACAGACCCAGCUGCCCCCGGACAGCUCUAUUGCAAAACUGAAGUCUGAUCCAGCCCAGGGACCAGGCCUUCAAACUGGCAAAGGAGUACAACAGUUGCCCCCUGAAUCUCAAACACCCCAGACCAAGGAGAGCCACACUCUCCCAACUCAGGCACCACCAAGCGCAGAUGGUUCAACGACUCUUCAGGCUUCUAGCAUUGUGGAAAAGCUGUCAAACAGUACCAGUCAGACAGAGGCCGGGCGUGUACCUGCUGGGCCAACGGUCAAUACAUCAACUGCGGUUUUAACUGAAGGACUUGCAGCAGGGGUGUCAGGAGAUAGCAUGCAGGCAGCAGAUGGGUCUGUAUUGGGUGUGUCUGCACCUAGUAUGUCUACACAAAGUGUAUCCUCCAUGGAUGAUGCCGGUCCAACUGCUGCACUGCUACAGCAGGAGUACCUGUCAGAGGAAGGAGGAUCCUCCCCCAGGAGGAAGCUGAGGCUGGUGCUUCCCGAGAAGACUUCCAACCGACUACCAACCGCACUGGAGAGGAAAAUACGCUAGCUGCUCAUUUCAUUGUUAAUGAAAUUUUAUAGAUCAGUAGUAUUUUGAAGGUCAGAUGAAGCACUUCAUCUUUUAAAAUCGAGUUCUACAUCAGACGCAGAAAGCUGAGACUGACUGCCAGGAAAUGUCAUUCUGUAAUGUUUUACAGAUGUUUGGUGUGUUCUAUUUUUAUAAUGAUAAACAGUGUAACAGUGUAUUUUGUCAUAUUUUUUGUCUCUCAGUGUUUAUUGUUGAUCUUUGUAACAACAUUUGACAGAAAAUCUCACCUUAGCAUCCAUUUAGUAGCUGUGCUGGAGCUUUCAAGCAUCUACAUCAUUAGAUGAGUUUGCUCAGUUGCCAGAUGUUCUUGUUCAUGUUGACUUACAAGGUGAGAAAAAAAGAAACCUUGCUGUCAGUUCAUUCCUUUUCUUAGAAGCAGCCACUGACAAUCUUACCCCGAGGUCUAUUUAGUAGCCGCUCUAGGGCUUUUUAUCAGCAGGUCUGAACAGUAAAAUAAAAAAUUUUAAAUUUCAUGCUUCACUAAAGCGAACUCUAUUUGUUGAUGAAGGUCAUGAGAUGCAGUCGAAGGUGCCAGACAGCUACUAAAUUGACCUUGUUUUGUUAUUUGCUGAUACUUAAUAUGCUAUACUAUGAGAGA